UAGUGUAAGAUUUUCUGUUUUUUUUUUUCUUUCCCUUUUUUCUUUUCUAUUUAUGAGUCACAGCCGGUGAUAAACCAGGCAUGGAGACCAUCCUACCUUCUUAGCAAACCUUAUCAAACUGUGUCUAAUAUGACAUAAAGCCCAGCUUGGGAUCACCUCAGCACACACUCCACUGCUGCAGAGUCUCCACUGCUCCUUCAGAGCUUCACAGCCACGCCCAUUGUCUUUCCUGCUGUCCUCAGUGCGAGCUCGUGUGGGAACUCAGAGCACGGGGGCCGCGGUCGUGCGAGUGAGGAGAGAUGACUGAGCGCGCACACACACAUAGUGCCAAGGUGGAGUCUAAAAAGUCAUGGAUCCAGACAACCUUUUACAAAAGGGAGUGUGUCAAGUUUUUACCAGCAUCAAGGGACCACCACAGGUGUUUCCCUGUUUGUCAUGUUUGCCAAAAUCUAGUCAGGUGCUGCUGUGGGAGGCUAAUUGGUGAGCAUUCAGAGCUUGACUCCAGUUCUUGGCUCCCUCUGUCUGGAGAAGAAGAGGCGUGGUGUGUUGUUCAACACACCAAAACCGGACCCACCGAUGCAUUCGGCUCUAUCGACUUCCAGCACAGCAACAAGUCUUCUUGCCGUGCUAAGUAUGUGCGUCUGUCUUGCGAUGCUAAACCUGAGGAAAUUCGCCAUUUAAUGCUGCGAGAGUGGAACAUGGCUCAGCCCAAGCUACUCAUAUCAGUGCAUGGAGGAACGGACAACUUUUCCUUACCCCCAAGAGUAGGCCAGGCAUUUAGCAAGGGCCUCAUCAGGGCUGCCGAGACUGCGGGAGCCUGGAUUUUCACUGAUGGCUUUAAUACAGGGGUAUCAAUGUAUGUCGGAGAUGCUGUGAAACUCUAUGGUACACAUGAGCGCAGGAAGAGGACUGUGAUUGGUAUCACACCAUGGGGGCUUAUCGAGAACCACACAGACCUCAUAGGACGAGAUGUUUUGAGGCACUACCAGACUUUGGGGAAUCCACUCAGUAAGCGCUCCAGUCUUAAUGGCAUGCACUCGCACUUCCUGUUGGUGGAUGAUGGAACUCUGGGUAAAGCUGGAGGCCAGCAGGAGCUGAGGAGAAAGCUGGAGAGACAUAUACAACGGCAGAGGAUCCAUCCAAGACUGGGUCAGAGAGUUCCCCUGGUGUGUGUGGUGGUUGAGGGGGGUCCUGCAGUGCUCUCCAUAGUGCUAGAUUAUGUGAGCAGGUCCCCUCCUGUGCCCGUCAUUGUGUUUGAGGGCACGGGCCGUGCUGCAGACCUGCUGUCACUCAUCCACAAACAGACUGCAGCAGACAGGGAGCUGGAUGUGAAUAUAAAGGAGGAUUUCCUGAAGCGCAUUGAGAAUUUAUUUGGUGUUGCUAGAGCGAAGGCGCAUCAGCUCUUCACCGUGCUUAAACAUUGUAUGGACCACAGAGAUGUGAUCACCAUUUUCGACUCGGAAUCGGAAGACCAUUUGGAAGCAGAUGUGGCGAUUUUGACAGCUUCACUAAGAGGCGCACCGGCAGAGAAACUAAACAUCACACUGGCCUGGGACAGAGCUGACAUUGCUCAGCAACAUGUACUGGUGUAUGGACACCACUGGAAGGUGGGGGCCCUGGAGCACGCCAUGCUGAAUGCUUUGCUGAUGGACCGCGUCAGUUUCGUGAAGCUGCUCAUCGAGAACGGUGUGACCAUGAAGCACUUCCUGACAGUGUCUCGUCUGGAGGAACUUUAUAACAUGCAGCACCAAGGCUCCUUGGAUCACUUCUUACGGCAUAUAAUUGAGGAUGCCAAAAAGUUGGUAUUUUGCCUUUUUUUUGUGUGUCUCCAGUGUCGUCUCCCUGGGAAAUAUAAGAUCUCUCUGAUCGAUAUUGGCAUGGUGAUUGAAUAUUUGAUAGGAGGAGCUUAUCGGAGCACAUACAGGAAGAAGAGCUUCAAGGCUGUAUAUAACCGAAUCCAUACUGAGCUGAAGGAAGUCAGUGAGGAGCGCUCAGCAUCCAGAAGGACUUGCACAGAGCAACCUAGGACAAGUCAACCACAACCUCAGUUCCAUAGAACUGCAGAUCCUUACAAACGCAAGACGAAAUCAGAAUCUGAGCCUAAUGAAGUAGAGGCAGCGGAGGAAGAGCAGGGCAACACAUCACCAUUUGUUUACAGUUUCAAUGACCUGUUUGUAUGGGCAGUAUUGAAGCGGAGGCAGCAAAUGGCACUCUUCCUGUGGCAGCAUGGAAUGCAGGCCCUGGCCAGAGCAGUGGUGGCAUGCAGGCUGUACCAGGCCAUGGCCAGUGAAGCCAAGGAAAGCAGCAUGCAUGCCAGCAUUGCUGAUGAACUGAGGAAAUAUUCUUUAGAGUUCGGCCAGCUUGCUGUGGAUCUUCUGGACAAGGCCUUUAAGGAGAAUGAACGCAUGGCCAUGAAGCUGCUGACAUGGGAGAUGACAGAUUGGAGCAACUUUACUUGUUUGCAAAUGGCAGUGGCAUCAGGCCACAGACCCCUUGUGACCCACUCAUGCACCCAGAUGCUUCUCACCGACCUGUGGAUGGGCCGUUUGAACAUGAGGAAGAACUCCUGGUUAAAGAUCAUUGUUAGUAUCCUGCUCCCUGUGGGUAUCCAGCUCUUGGAGUUUAAGAGCGAGGCUGAGAUGUCCCACGUGCCGCAGAGUCACGAGGCUCUGCAUUUUGGGAGGGAUGCUGGCAGCUUAGGAGAACCAGAAGACGUGAUGCAAGCAGAUGAGAGUGAUGCGGAAAGAGGGCGGAGCCAUGUGAGGCACAGGGCAAAUCCUGUGGCAUGGUGGCUACCCUGGUGCAGGAAGGUCUAUGACUUUUACAGUGCACCUGUGGUCAAAUUCUGGGUCCAUACUAUGUUCUACCUGACGUUCCUUGCACUUUUCUCCUUCACGGUGUUGGUGAGGAUGGAGCCGAGUCCCAGUGUCCCGGAAUGGCUGGUCAUUUCCUACAUCUCAUCCACAGCUAUAGACAAGAUCAGGGAGGUGUGGGUGUCUGAGCCUAGACAGUUCAAAAAAAAGCUGAAAAUGUGGUUCAGCGAAUACUGGAACAUGAACGACUUUGUCGCCAUCAUUCUUUUCUUCAUGGGCAUGGCGUUGCGCUGGUUCACGGGUCUCAUCCACACAACGGGCCGCAUCAUUUACUGCCUCGACAUUAUUUUUUGGUUCGUGCGUCUGCUGGACCUGUUGGCUAUUAAUCAGAAAGCCGGACCCUAUCUCACCAUGAUCUCCAACAUGUUGAAGAACAUGUUAUACAUCGUGGUCAUCAUGGGCAUUGUGCUGUUGAGCUUUGGUACACCUCGGUGGUCCAUCCUAAAUCCACACGAGGAACCGUCCUGGGACCUGCUGAAACAAGUGCUCUUCCAGCCCUACUUCAUGAUGUUUGGGGAGGUCUAUGCUGGAGAGAUUAAUCCCUGUGAAGAAGAUCCUGACUGUCCUUCUGGUUCAUUCCUCAACCCACCGCUGCAGGCCGUCUACCUCUUCAUGCAGUACAUCAUCAUGGUCAACCUCCUUAUUGCCUUCUACAAUAAUGUUUACAUCCACAUGAAGACCAUAUCUAACCAGCUGUGGAGGUACAACCGCUACCGUUACAUCAUGACCUAUCAUAAAAAGCCUUUCCUGCCUCCUCCUUUGAUCAUCCUGAGUCACAUGGCAGCGUGUGUGAAUACAGUCUGGCAGAAACGUAGAAGGACAUCCACACAGGACAGAGGCUCUGGCCUUAAACUGUUCCUGGCUCCUGAUGAUCUGAAGAAGCUGCUUGAUUUUGAGGAAAGAUGUGUAGCUGGAUAUUUCCGUGAGAAGCACAAGAGCCAGCACUGCAGUGAGCUUAACCGGAUCCGCCUCGCAGCUGACAAGGCAGAAGAGAUGAUGGGUACCUUAGCUGAGGUAUCUGAGAAGGUGCAGUUCAUCCAAGAAAGCCUGCAGACGUUGGACGCUCACCUCGGCCAGCUGCAGGAUCUGUCUGCCCUUGCUGUGGACACUCUUAACCUUCUUUCAGCAUCUGAAAACAGGCAGCAGAAAGCUGUCCAUCUUUGUCCAAGCCCCAGAAUCACAGUUAUGUCUUGUUCUCCCACUCCUGGGAAUGUCACCCCGAGCCACAUCCCUCCGUCUCCAAAGGCCAAUUUUAGCAAUCCACCCUCCUUGCGGCGUGGCAUAGUCCAUGGCAAGUCUUGCAACUCUUUAGAGCUUUCACAAGAAAGCUCGGGCAGCUGCUUUGACAGCAAGCUCAAGUGGGUGUUGGGAAAUUUGGAGGCAGAGCACAGCAAUCCAAGACAGAGACUUGGCGGAGACUCAUCUGUAGGAUUCCGUCUCUCACAUGGAUCUCUGUCCAAUUUGUUAUCAGACCUGCAUGGGUCACCUGGGCAAUCAUGUGGUAGCUCUCUUACCACAGUUUGGGAUCAUGAGCCACAGCAGGUGCUCAGCCAGGAGGAGUCCAUGGAAGAGGAUGACUACGACGAUGAUGAUGUGUUUAUUGACACUAGAUCCAAGAAGGACAGUGAGCUGGGCAUUGUGAAUCCAGCAUUCUGUGAUGACCAUGAUUUAGACAUCCCCAGACAAAGCCAUUUUGGCAGGAAGCAGCCAUUCACCACAGAGAGAAAGCUGGGGCACAGCCGCUCGCUCUCUUCUAGUGUGGAGACUUUAGCCGUACCCAAGAAAAGGCACAGUGUUUCAGGAGAACCCAUACCACUGCAUCCAGGCCAGAAAGACAGAGGUCUCUACAGAAUCCUGGAAAGGAAGCGAUCAUUUGGCCGAAAGUGUGUCAAAAUCAAAGAAGGAGAAGCAACUGAUAGAAGACUGGAAAGGGAUUUGAGCCGGAGGAGCAAACGAAAAGGGAAGGGAAUAGCUGGACGAAAAUUCCGAUCAUCUGUCAGUCUGUCUCAGCUCAACUUUGAUCACGUGGAUUUCUUACAGAAAUCAGGUGCUUUGGGUCAGAAUACAAGAAGCCCCAGUCAAUCGGUUUGGAGUAGUUGGGCACGCUCCGUCAGUCGUCGUUCCUCAGUACAGAGCUGGGCAGCAGUUGAGCGUCGACCUUCCGUGUUUAAGUCAACUGAAGAUUUGGACCCACAUUACUCAGCUAUGGAGAGGAACAACCUGAUGCGAUUAGCACACACGAUACCAUUCACACCGGUGUCCCUGUUGGGAGGAGAGGAGGUGUACGUUUACAAUCUGGAGGAGUCAGAGCCAGACUCCAUGCUCUCCAGCUCCUCCUCGUGGUGUCAGAGAGGUCGCGCGGCUGUGCUGCAGCCCGUGACGGAGCAGGGAGUGCUGGAUGGCGGGUUGCGCCGGGCUCAGUGGGUGCUGUGCACUUGGGCUGAGGAAGAUGUGCUCAGGCCUGGCUGUGUGUACGUAGUUAAAUCCUUCCGUGAGGAGGUGGUGGACACGAGGCAGGCAGAGUUUCCCACCAACACUACUCUUCAUCUCUGCUUAAGGGACAUCCAACAGCAGAGAGCAGCCCAAAAGCUCAUGCAGGUCUUCAAUCAAGUCAAGCCCAGCUCUAUGCCACAUUCCCCUAGAUUUCUGGAUGUGUGCCUGCUUUGGUGGCAGGCUAAAGGCCAGUGGCUUACCAUAGAGAAAAGCAUGAAUGGUGACUUCAGGAAGUACAAUAAUAACACUGGUGAAGAAAUCAUGCCCUCUUGUGGCCUGGAGGAGACAGUGUUGGCUUUCUCACACUGGACUUAUGAGUAUACAGGCAAAGAGCUCCUGGUACUUGACUUACAAGGUGUGGGGGUGGAGCUGACAGAACCGUCUGUGAUCAGAGCAGCUGAUAAAAGCUCAUCCAGAGACUUGGUGUUUGGCUCAACCACUUGGGAUGACGAUCCAGUCCAAAACUUUGUCCUCAAACAUACGUGCAACUUGUGCUGCGAGAAACUUGGCCUUACAGAUUUGCGGAAGAGCAGCCAUCUUCAUGAGCUUGUUUCUGAAGUGCAGGUCAGCACAGGUUGACCUUCAUUACCCGUGGGAAAGCAUGAAGAAUGUUAGUAAUUUCUGUAAGAAUUUUUUGUAGAAAUAUUUUACAAGGUCUGGAUUUUCUUAAACAUUUGGUUUAUAAUAUUAGUUUUCUGUUAAAACCUACUGGAUAUACAGUAAGACCAACCAUAAAAUGAUGAUAUUCUGAUAAUGAGUUCCUGAUGCUUUUUCUGGAUUCAUUAACUGGAUGUGGCUGCAUGACCAUUGGCUGAUCGGGUUAUUAAAGUGGCCAACAAUAUCGUUAAUGGUGUGAUUAUACAGUAAAUCACAAGUGAGUACGGUCAUAUGUCACAAGUGACAGAAACAUAUGUCACAUGACCAAUUUUAUGCCAAAUAAAAAAAAUAUGCAAUUUA